AUGGGGAAAAAACAACAUCAAAAAGAUAAACUAUAUAUCACGUGUACAGAAUGGAGUACGUUGUAUGGUGGAAAACGUGCCACUGAAAGUGGUAGACAAUUUAAACGUCUUCCAUUUCAUUGUUGUAGCAUCACAUUCCAACCUUUCACGAAUCCCUACUGUACAAAGGAGGGUAUAAUUUUUGAUUUGGAAAAUAUUUUACCCUUUCUAAAGAAGCAUGGAAUCAAUCCUGUCACAGGAAUGAAAAUGAAAAUGAGUGAAUUGAUCAAGUUAAAUUUCCACCGAAAUUCUGAUGGGAAAUUUCAUUGCCCAGUAACGUUUAAAGUGUUCAAUGAGAAUACUCAUAUUGUUGCAAUUAGACCAACAGGAAAUGUUUACUCAUUUGAUGCUGUGCAACGAUUAAACCUGAAGGCAAAUAAUUUUCUUGACUUACUCACAUCGGAAUCAUUUACAAAAGAUGAUGUCAUCACAAUACAAGAUCCUACUCGAUUAGAAAAGUUUAAUAUUUCCGCUUUUUAUCAUGUAAAGAAUAAAGAAGAAGCACAAAACGAAGGCAAUGUAGUAGUUAUACGUUCAUUGAAUCAAGAGACAAAAGAAACACUAGCUGAAUUGCCUAAGGAAAUCUCGGUACCAGAUUACAUGUACUCAGCAAAGAAAAACUCAAUGGACUUAGGGAAAAAACGUGACGCUUUCAACACAGCUACGUAUUCUACUGGUCGUGCAGCAGCUUCACUUACGUCAACUGUUAUGGAACCAAUUACUAAAAUUGAACCAGCAGUUCUUGAGGACGAUGUUGUCCGUUACAAAUAUGUGAAGAAGAAAGGUUAUGUCAGUUUGAUUACAUCACAUGGAAAGCUAAAUCUUGAGCUACAUUGUGAUUUAGUCCCAAAAACGUGUGAGAAUUUUAUACGUCACUGUUCAUCAGGUUACUACAACGAUACAACUUUUCAUAGACUGAUUCGCUACUUUAUUGUCCAAGGUGGGGAUCCAAGUGGAACUGGAUUUGGUGGUGAAUCAAUAUGGGGUAGACCUUUUUCAGAUGAAUUCGUUCCUAAUUUAAGUCAUGACACACGUGGUGUUUUAUCUAUGGCUAAUUCUGGACCAAAUUCUAAUCAAUCACAGUUUUUUAUCACUUUUCGAAACUGUAAACAUUUGGAUCGGAAACACACGGUCUUUGGAAAAGUUGUAGGAGGUCUAGAUAUACUGGGGAAAAUCGAAAUGUUGGAAACAGAUAAAGAUGACCGACCAUUAGAAGAUAUUCAAAUUAUAAAUUGCGAAGUGUAUGUGGAUCCAUUCAAAGAUGUUGAUGAAAUGCUGAGUAAAGAACGUGCCACUUAUAGCGAAGAAAAGAAUAAUGACGCGAAUGAUCAAAUCUUACACCCGAAACCGGGAAAUCGUCGCGAAGAAGAGGUUUUGGAGGCAGCUGAACGGGCGAAACGCCAUAAGCUAAAUGAUAUUGUCAAAGUGUACAGAACAGGUGUUGGAAAAUUUAUUAAUGAUGUAGAUCAGCCUGAUAUGAAGGUUAUAAUCAAAAAACAUGAGUAUGCUGGUCACUCAAGUCUGAAUAUGAACGAGGAAGUUAUGCGCAAAAAACAGAAACUUAUGGUGAAAUCACAGUUAACUGACUUCAGUGCAUGGUAA